AUGUUGGAGAACAACCAGCCAAGAAUUGCUAUGUUCACCGAUGGCUCCACGACGAAAUCCGGAUCUGCAGCGGCAUACGUGGUACCGCAGCACUCCAAGGAGGGCAUAGUGCGGUUAUCCCAUAGGACCUCUUCCACGACAACGGAACUGGUAGCUAUACACCUUGCCGUGAGAUACAUAGCCACGCACGCGCGACCUGCGCACUGGAUUGUCUACAGCGACUCAAAAGCUGGACUGGAGGCCAUGUUGGCUUUCUUGGGGUACAGUUGGACAGCUUCAACGGUGAAGGAGAUCCUAACGGAAUACAAGAGAUGUAUGGACCUGGGACAUGACGUUAUCUUCCAAUGGAUUCCGGGGCACAUUGGCAUCCGCGGUAACGAAACUGCAAACGAGCUAGCUGGAAUUGCACACCUGGCUUCCACCAAAUACGUCGUGAUGUGUACAAGCUCAGACAUCAAACUUCUACUAAGGUCCAUGACAGACGACAUGUGCAAACGCAAAUGGCUACAAGGUGAUGGUGGGUCAUCUCUUCUCAGAAGACUAGACCCGGAACUAAAAUUCAGCAUCCCUCCCUCGACAGCCAGAAGUAUCGCAACAUUUCUACAUCGUGCACGCCUGAACGUCCAGUAUGGCCGGCAUUUCCUGCAUAUGGUGGGCAAGGCGGGUUCCCCGGAUUGCCCAGUGUGUGGGAUGGAAGAAAAUACUGAACAUAUUUUUAUGGAGUGCAGAAGACAUCAGUCCCAACGCAAGACAUUGCGGGCCGCACUAACUCGUUUGGACAACAGAGCCUCCUCCAUAGAGAAGGUCUUGGGGACGUGGGACGCCAACCAGAGAGACGCCGCAUUCAAGGCUCUCGUAGGCUUCAUCUCAAGUUGUUCUCUUGAUGUUCAGUACUAG